AUGCAGCUGAACAACAUGACCAACCAUCAGCCAGGUGCCGGUGCUACGGAACAGCCGCAUCAUUUACUGGCGGAUCCGCCCGCGAUCCGACUUGUAUCCGGUACCGUACCGAUCUCGAUUCCACUCUUCCGGCUCCGGGACGUCAGCUUCCUACACACGCAAGUGGAGCACAUAGUCGAGCCGGCAGCGAACGGGUCCGCAACAAAUAACAACAAUUACGACUACUACAAACCGUCCGCGGCGAACGGGUUGGAAUCGAUCAACGCUGGUGACGCUGAACCUGCCAACGGCACGGGUGACCACGACCACGCCAAAAUCAAGCUGGAAACGAGCGAUGGCGAAGGUAGGCCGGAUUCGCAUGAAACCGGCUCAAACUAUGGUAUCAAUCAGGACUCACGUUCGCCCCCAUCGGUGGCCUACGCGUUACAUAAUGGCAGUGUCGCACCGGAAUACGAGAUAGAAAAGGAUGAACAGGACGAGCGCACAGACGACGACGGUGGACGGAUUGUGAUGAUGGAUGAGCCGGGGGACGAAAGCAACGAUACGGGUGGUGCGGUCGAGGUGGACGAUUCCGAGCAGGACGACAACAAACUUGCGCCGCAGGACCAAGAAAAAAUGACGCAAGCCGUUAAAAAGGUGUUCACCGAAUACAAAUGGACGCCGCCGGUCGCACCGAUCAGGUCGCCGAGUACAAAGAAGAAGCAACACAUCAAGCGUCCGAUGAACGCGUUCAUGGUGUGGGCCCAGGCCGCCCGUCGCGAGAUGGCACAGCAACAGCCGAGACUGCAAAAUUCGGAAAUCAGCAAGGAUUUGGGGAAAAUUUGGAAGAGUCUGACGGAUGAGGAUAAACAACCUUUCGUGGAGCAGGCGGAAAAGCUUCGGUUGGCCCAUAAAAGCCAACAUCCGUACUACAAGUAUCAACCGCGGCGCAAGAAGUCCAAACGGUGCGUUGGAGCCGGUGCCAAGUCAGGCAAGUGCUGUGAGGAUCACUAUGCGGAACUGCACGAACUGGCGAGUCCACCGUCUAUGGACGAUGUGGCGUCGCCCGGAGAAUCUGGCAGUUCGUACUCACAGCCCGAUGGUCAGCGUCCAUCGACGAGUGGGAUAUCCCGCACACACAAGCAAUCGUCGACGAAGGUGGCGUCUAGAGGUCGUUCGAAUCUCCGUAUCGCGGCGGCAGGUGGUGUGAAUGUGCUGACCAGUGCACCGUCUACCACCACCAACUACGAGUUGGGGCUUGCGGGUGUUACAGACUAUGGUGCUAGUGGGACCACUGCCCCGUAUGAGGCACCACUCCCAGUGGAGUUAUAUUCGACUGGUGUCGAUGGAGUGGAACCCACCGGGAAUACACACGCUUCCGCCGAUUGUCAUUUCCUGGAUGAGGGCCAACCGCAGAACAUGGAGGUCGUAGAUACACCGCAGCAGACGAUCACCACCGUUACAGAGCCGUCUGUCGCGACGCAACUCCAUAGCCAAAACCCGCCGUACGGGAGCCGUGAUUGGACACCGGUCAUCGGCAUAACGAACGUCGUCGGCACUGAGACGCGUGCCCCAUCAGCAAUGGACAGUACGACGGCUUCGUACGAGCUGCUUGGCAACAGGAACGUAUCGUCUGGCGGUAUGUUGCACCCGAGUUCACACGUCCUCACGGGAUAUUCCUACUCCAACUAUGCCACCUCCUAUAUGCCAAACACGACGGAGUACCACAGUGCCCAGACACAUUUCCAUCCAGCCGGCGGUGGUGCCGGUUUUGGUGAACCAGGACUCGCCUGCUACAGCCAACAAUCGUCCACGCAUCGGUACACAGCGCAACAGCAAUCUCGAAACAUCGGCGAAGCGUCAUUCCCGCAGUACGGUCAAACGCUACAUCAGCAGCAGCAUCCGACAUCCCCGUCAAUCGAGCAUGGUGCUACCGCGAAACAGCAGACCCGUGAGACACAAGACCUGGAAGAGGUAAAAUAUUUCCUAUCAGCACGCAUACCCUCAAUCACCCUUCACCAUGCUACUCCACAGCAUGCCGUCGGCGCUAUCGCUACAGCCGCGGAGGUCAUCAACAAUGCGGACCGAGCACGAGGCGCCGCGCCGUUAAUGGCACUCGACUUCGGCGGUGCUGAAGUUCACGGGUACCGCCACGGUUCGGAGGAACGCCCACCGACCGGUGGCAUUGCGAUGUUACGUGCUGUGGAUGGUCAAAUGCACGGCAGCAUUCAGCAACAACGGCACCCCUCACUACAGACCAACAGCAGGAUGCACAGCACAUCGAACGGUGCCUUAUUUAACUAUACCAUAGGCGAGACAGGUGGUGGCCAGCAGUACAUGCAGUCCACAAUGGUCCAGCUGCCGUACGGUGGACAGCCCAGGAUGGAUACUCCGCCUAACGUACAGCAGCUUCGGCCCGUACAUCAUCUGCCGCUUCACCAGCAGGACGUGCCGGAGCAGGUGUCACAGCAGCACCAAACCUUCCAUAACCAGCAGCAACAGGAUACCUACCAGUACGGUAGUUCCCCACCGACCACCACCAUUGCCCAGGGAGGACGCAUCUCGACGGGCAGUGGCGAUGGACAAUUCUACUGAUUACUGUUUUACGAUUCGGUUUGUUUUAUUACCAGAAAAAAAAUCGUGCUUUCUACAAUCUUUCUACAACCAGUUCUUUCUACAAUCAUGCUAAUCAAUUAGACAACAAGCAGCGUGAAAAAUUAAAUCAAAUAUGCAACUUAAUAAUCAAAAUUAUAAUUGAAGCAUAAAGCAUUAAACAACUUUUGUUUUUUGCUAACUUUUCUUCACAUAAUUCUGUAUA